GAAUGUAAGAUGGCGCCCAGGGAGCUGUGAGGGAAAAAAGACGCGGGGCCUGAGGUGGCGACGGCGCGAGGCGGCAGAGGGGCCGGGGAAUCCUGAGGACCUUGCAAUAUGAAUAAUUCCUUGGAGAACACCAUCUCCUUUGAAGAGUACAUCCGUGUGAAAGCACGAACAAUCCCCCAGCAUAGGAUGAAGGAGUUCCUGGACUCCCUUGCUUCAAAGGGUCCUGAAGCCCUGCAGGAGUUUCAGCAGACAGCUGCUACCACCACUAUGGUAUACCAGCAGGGUGGCAACUGUAUAUACACAGAUAGCACAGAGGUGGCUGGAUCUUUGCUUGAACUUGCUUGUCCUGUUACAACAAGUGUCCAGCAGCAAACCCAGCAAGAACAGCAAAUACAGGUGCAGCAGCCUCAGCAGGUUCAGGUGCAAGUGCAGGUUCAGCAGUCCCCUCAGCAGGUCUCCACCCAGCAGCUUUCUCCCCAGCUUACUGUUCACCAAGCCUCGGAACAGCCAAUACAGGUCCAGGUGCAGAUCCAAGGCCAAGCGCAACAGCAGGCUUCCCAGACAAUACAGGGUCAAGCGCUUCAGAGCCCUAGCCCCUCUCAGCUGCAGGCGGCUCAGAUCCAGGUGCAACAUGUGCAGACUGCUCAGCAAAUCCAGGGUGCAGAAAUACAGGAGGAGCACAUACAGCACCAGCAGAUCCAGGCACAGCUAGUAGCAGGGCAGGCUAUUGCUGGAGGCCAGCAGAUCCAGAUCCAGACGGUUGGGGCACUUUCUCCACCACCAUCUCAGCAGGGCUCACCCCGGGAAGGUGAGCGAAGGAUCAGCACAGCCAGCGUCCUCCAGCCUGUGAAGAAGCGCAAAGUGGAUAUGCCUAUUACUGUCUCAUACGCUAUUUCCGGUCAGCCAGUUGCUACAGUCCUGGCCAUUCCUCAGGGCCAGCAACAGAGUUAUGUAUCAUUAAGGCCGGACUUGUUAACAGUGGAUAGUGCUCACCUGUAUAGUGCCACUGGGACCAUAACAAGCCCUACUGGAGAGACUUGGACCAUCCCUGUUUACUCUGCACAACCACGUGGUGACCUACAACAGCAAAACAUAACACACAUUGCCAUCCCCCAGGAGGCUUACAAUGCCGUCCAUGUCAGUGGCUCCCCAACGGCUCUGGCCACUGUGAAGCUGGAAGACGACAAGGAUAAGAUGGUGGGAGGCACAUCAGUAGUGAAAAACUCUCAUGAAGAAGUAGUGCAAACCCUUGCCAACUCCCUUUUCCCAGCACAGUUUAUGAAUGGCAACAUCCACAUUCCAGUGGCAGUUCAAGCUGUAGCAGGGACGUACCAGAAUACAGCUCAAACAGUGCAUAUAUGGGACCCACAGCAGCAGCAGCAGCCCACACCACAAGAGCAGGGGCAGCAACAACAGCAACAGCUGCAAGUUGCUUGUGCUGCUCAAACUGUUCAGGUUGCUGAAGUUGAGCAGCAACCACAGCCUCAGCCUUCACCUGAACUGCUGCUUCCGCACUCUCUCAAGCCAGAGGAGGGACUGGAAGUGUGGAAGAGCUGGGCACAGACUAAGAAUGCAGAGCUAGAGAAAGAGUCGCAGAACAGGCUUGCACCUAUAGGCAGACGCCAGCUGUUGAGAUUUCAGGAGGAUCUUAUAUCUUCGGCUGUAGCUGAAUUGAAUUAUGGGCUAUGCUUAAUGACUCGUGAAGCUCGCAACAACGAAGGGGAGCCGUAUGAUCCAGAUGUUCUGUACUAUAUAUUCCUGUGUAUUCAAAAGUAUCUAUUUGAAAAUGGGCGAGUCGAUGACAUUUUCUCUGAUCUGUAUUACAUACGCUUCACUGAGUGGUUGCAUGAAGUUCUCAAGGAUGUGCAGCCCCGGCUCACUCCUCUUGGCUAUGUUCUUCCCAGUCAUGUGACAGAAGAGAUGUUGUGGGAGUGCAAGCAGCUGGGAGCUCAUUCCCCUGCCACCCUGCUGACUACUCUGAUGUUCUUUAACACAAAAUACUUCCUGUUGAAAACAGUAGACCAGCAUAUGAAGCUGGCCUUCUCAAAGGUCUUGAGGCAGACCAAGAAGAACCCUUCCAAUCCCAAGGACAAGAGUACAAGUAUCCGGUAUCUGAAGGCUCUUGGCAUACACCAGGCAGGACAGAAAGUUACAGAUGACAUGUAUGCAGAGCAGACUGAGAAUCCCGAGAAUCCUUUGAGGUGUCCUAUAAAGCUCUAUGAUUUCUACCUCUUCAAAUGCCCCCAGAGUGUGAAAGGCCGGAAUGACACAUUCUAUUUGACUCCUGAGCCAGUGGUGGCUCCCAACAGCCCUAUCUGGUAUUCCAUCCAGCCAAUCAGCAGAGAGCAAAUGGAGCAGAUGCUCACCCGGAUUCUGGUGAUACGAGAGAUUCAGGAAGCUAUUGCUGUGGCAAAUGUCAGCACCAUGCACUAAGCAUCCUUGCCAGCUCAGAAAGAGGGGGGGGAAUGGGGUGGGGGCGAUGAGGCCAGGAUAAACUGUACAGCCUUUUACACUAAAGGAGAUGCCUAAGUUUUUUUUAAUUGGUGUAGUUAUGAAGCCCUUUUAGGCUUCUUCUGUUUAAACAGAGACCCUCCCCAUCGUGUAUCUGACCCAACUGCAUCAGCCUUCUGGACACACUGGGGCUGCAUUCUUUCUGUGAGAGCUGUGAGGUGCCGUAGAUUGACUUUGGGGGAUCUUAUGAAGUGGAAAAUUGAGAGACUUGGCCUGGCUGGGCUGUUUCGUCUUGGCUCUCAUGCACCUGGAAAGAACAGAGAACGGUGGAUAUCUGCCUGACCUACAGAGAGGCAGCUUGCAGUUUCCUUGUGCUCAGACACUGACACGUCCUGGAGGGGUGAGGAGAGUGAACUGCAAUUAUGAUUUAUAAGAAGAUGAAAAAAUCAGUUUCUAUUAAGACCUUAAGUGACAUUUUUAGAUGUUAAGUACAAACUACCACACUUUUUUGGCCUGAUGUUGAGGCCUUAAAACUUUGAGGCUUCUGUGCCUGAUGGAAUUCUUGUAACAUACACUUGUGUAUCAUAUAAAGAUACCACCCUGUUUCUCUUAUGUAUUCUUACGCUAGUUGUUUAUUAAGAAUGACGAGCACGUCUUUUCAACA